GCCAGGUGCUUCGUGCUGCGGGUGGUUUGCAGCAAACACGUAGCAGUGCUGAGGAGUAAAACACAGGAGCGUUGUCCAGUGCGCGCUAGGACGCUUCAAGCAGCUGCUCCUGAAGGUCCACGCUGUGAAACCAAAAGGCUGGAAUUAGAGAAAGAACUGCUUGACUACAGAAAAUCUGAUGCAUACUUAGCGAAACUGAAAUACAUGAAGCUAAAAAAGUACUUGAAAGAAAUAGAGGAGCGGCAAAAAAAGGCUCUUCUGCGAAAUCAGACGUUUUUGAAGGAAUUCAUCGAAUUUGAAGCUCAUAUGAAAACUUCAAGUGCAGAGAUAAUUCAGAAGAUGGAAGUCCAGUAUGGAAGAGAAAUUAGAAGUGUGUUAUCCCAUCAAGGGAGUAGCUUGUCGGCACGAGGUGAAGAAGGCAGUGAGCAGGUGCCGCUUGUUGCAAGACAGGCAGGAAUUAACCCUGGGACAGCCAUGUCAAGAGGAUUGUAUCACCCAGCAACAAUCUUUAUGGGCCGCCAAAUGUCAGCCAUCUCAAGCACUGAAGAUUUCAGCACACAGCAGAAAUCUUUCCAGCCCACAAAGAGCUUUUCAUUUUCUGACCCAUAUUCAUGCAGACAGGCAGCACAGAGCAGUAAUGUGACAGACAGCUGUGUAGUACAAACUAAUAGUGAUAUGCAGUGCUUAAAUAAGCCUGACAAAAAAGAUGUGGGGACAGAUCUCCAGAUGGGUGAGAAAAUGCCAGUCACAUCCAGUAUAUCAUCUGAGAAUGGAAGAACUCACUGCUCAGCAAUAGAAAGUAAUACAAAUAACAGGGAAAUUAAUUUAGCAGGAAAACCGGAACAUGACCCGAGUAGCUCUAAACCAACGAGUUCAGAUAGCAGCAGUGACCUCACAGUUUCGGUGACCGAAGAGGAUGAUGUUGUAAAUGCCACUGAACCGCAGCAGCGUCUCGGAGACACCCAGAGCAAGGUGGCAUUAAAAGCAGUAAGCUCGGACCAAGAGGGAGACACCCGACCCCCAGGAGGUUUUUCUUUGCAAUCACCAAAUUUCCGUCCAGCAGAGGAAGAGCCUUCAGCCAGCUCCGUGCUGGAAGGGGAUAGUUUGACCCUUGAAGGAUUCUCUCGUUUACUGCAAUUGGUAGAAGAUUUGGUGGAGAUGGGAAGUCCCAGGUGCCUGGCGUUGUACCAGAGAGGAAGCACAAGUGCUGCAAAGAUGAACCAGCUAAUAAGCUUUUGUAAUCAGGCUGGCAGUUUGAAAGAAGAGGACCUUGAAGCCUGUGAAGCAGUUGUCCUUCAUCAGCUCCAGCGUUUAUUACAGAGCACCCUGAAUGGGGGCCUCUUACUCGAGACAGCACUCGAUGCUCAAGGCAGACCUAUAGGAGAAAAGCAAAUCAGGUCAGAGCAGCAGUUGGAUCUUGCCGUGUUGUGGGCUUGUUUGAGCAAACAUGCCUUGUUCCUGAAAAAGCACCGCGUUUUGCUCCCAGAUGAAGUUGCAAAGAUGUUUGAUACCUUGCUGAUUUCAGAGAAAAAACUGCGAGAUGCUCAGGCUCUGCUGUUAUCAAGAGAGGUCCUUCCAGAUGAGUGUGAAGACAGGUCAUCUGCUCAGAGCCAGGAAUCGUCUUACAGCUUGCCAUCAAUCCUGAAAGACCAGGGUGAAGCCGCGGCGGCAGAACAUGCUCCUCGCAGGCCCCACAGCCCUGGUGCAAGGAAACAAGAAGUCACAAGCUGGUGUGAAGAUGAGAGCAAGGAAGAAAGCGUGGUAGAAGCAAUUCCUAUUACAG